AUGUCCACCCAAAGCGUGCAAUGCUUCGGCAAGAAGAAGACCGCGACUGCCGUCGCCCACUGCAAGGCUGGCAAGGGCCUCGUUAAGGUCAACGGAAAGCCCCUCAGCCUUGUGCAGCCCGAGAUGCUCCGCUUCAAGGUUUACGAGCCCAUUCUGAUUCUCGGCCUCGACAAGUUCGCCGACGUCGACAUUCGCGUGCGCGUUUCCGGUGGUGGUCACACCUCGCAGGUCUACGCCAUCCGCCAAGCCAUCGCCAAAUCCAUCAUCGCCUACUACCAGAAAUACGUCGACGAGCACUCCAAGAACCAGCUCAAGCAGGCCCUCGUUCAGUACGACCGCACGCUCCUCGUGGCCGACAACAGGCGGUGCGAGCCCAAGAAGUUCGGCGGUCCAGGUGCCCGCGCCAGGUACCAGAAGUCGUACCGUUAA